AUGCAAGAUCGUAUCGGUCGCUUGGAAGAUCUUAUCCUGGCUUUGAUGCGUGGGAAUGGUAAUGCCGAUGCCUCGGAUGUAGCCACUGCCACCACUGUAGCCAACACUGGAACAAUUGACAGCACACCACACUCUGCAAUAGCUGGCCGGAGCAAGGAAGCCACCAGUGGUCAGGAUUUGGAUUCUAAUGUUGACGAGAGCUUAGCCGGUUCGCUGGGUUACCUGAAUGUGAACGCUGACAAGGGAAAAUCAAAAUAUGUCGGUCAGGAGCACUGGCAUACUAUGUUAUCGGAAGUUGCAGAGGUUAAAGCUUACUUUGCCAAUCACAAGGAGAUAGAAAACAAUCAGGAGAAUGCCAGUAUGUCCUCGCCAGCGAAUGCUAGAGAAGGGCUCACUUUCCUCCUCGGCGCCGUGCCUCCCGCGACCGAGGUCGAGCUACGGGCUGAGUUGCCUCCAAUGUCGACUGUGCUCUCCUUGUGCGCUCGAUACUUCAACUCGCCGGACAAUCCUAUCGUCAUUGUCCACUACCCAACAUUUCACCAGCAACUACAAUCUCACUGGCAAGACCCGUCCGCAACUCCAAUCAUGUGGUUGGGUUUACUUUACUCAAUCUUGUGCCUCGCAAUGCUGAGUUACCACAAGCUUGGAGACGAACCUAGCGAAUGGGAAGGACAGACCUUCAGGAUGGCAAGCGAGUACCGUUUACGCACCGUGCAGUGCCUUAUCACGGCUGACUACACGAAGCCCGUUGAAAACACAGCGGAGACGAUGCUGCUUUACGUCUUCGCAGAGUAUUCGUCGCGGACCGAUGUUGAUCUGGGACUUUGGUUGAUCGUCUCGUUGGUAACUAAGAUCGCCUUGCAUAUGGGAUACCAUCGUGAUGCCAAGUGGUUCCCAUCAUUGACUCCGUUUCAUGGUGAAAUGCGGCGACGGACAUGGACUUUGUUGAGAAUCGCCGAUGUCAUGUUUUCCCAUCAGGUCUCGCUGCCUAACACGAUUUACAGUCAUCAGUGUGAUACACAGGUGCCUACCAAUCUUUUCGAUGAGGAUUUUGGCCCGGAAAGUCUGACUCUGCCUCCAUCUCGCCCAAUUGAUGAGCUCACACCAACUGCAUAUAUGAUCGCGAAGGUGCAAUUAUGUAAAGAGAUGAGCGAUGUCCUGCAGACAACAAACCGCGUUGAUGGUCAAGUUCCGUACGAAGAAAUCCUGCGCUUUGAUACCCGACUUCGUGGGAUCUACCAGAAGUUCCCCCAGCACUUGCAGGAUGUGCCCUUACAGGGAUGCCAUGAUCCAGUCACGGUGAUCAUGAACAGGUUCAGCAUCAAUGCGCUGUACCUCAAGAUCAUUUGUUUAUUGCAUAAGAGAUACGUGCCUCGCGCACGACAAAACUCACAAUACGCGUACUCGCGCCGAGCUGCUGUCACAGCUGCGUCAGACACGCUACGAAGCCUAGUCACUUUGCAUCGGGAAUCAAAUGAUACCCAAUAUCCUCGAUUGCUUGAAUGGUUUGUAAAUUCCAUGGCUACCAAGGAAUUCCUAGUAUGCGCCAUGCUUGUGGCGCUAGAUCUUCAUUAUGAUUGCAUGGCUGAGGUUAGCAGCGACGAACGACUGCGAGAGACAGCCCUUUUCUGGACAUCUGAACAAAGGGCGGAGAUGUUGAGCAAUCUCGAAAUGGUCAAGGAUUUCUGGAAAGGACUUGCCGAUGGCUCAACUGAGGCACUUCAGGCAUCAAAGGUACUGGAGAUUAUGUUAGAAAAGAUCAAAAGCCCCUCAUCGAGACCGAACGCCGCAGGGGAGACCAGUCAGCCAUCGCUUGUCAACUCUUCUUCUACUGAGCUGCCGGAUCCCACGAAUUCAAUGAUGCCAGGACCGCUUUCAACCGGCCUGACAACAAGCACCGGCGCGGCAAAUCACGGGACGCAUGCUUCGGGCGCGCUACACAACAUGUACUUCAGCAACCAUUUAUCCGCCUCAACCAUGAUCCAAAAUCGUGGGGAAGGCCACGAGGACACCACCACGGCGGGGUCUUAUCUUCCGAUGUUUCCAAAUCUCAUGACAGAUGAUUCCUAUGGCGGGAACUUUGAUUGGAACGCUUUUGAAAAUUACACACAAAACGUGAACUGGGGAGGUAUCGACACAUUCCAGAUGUUCCCCGGGUCAUAA